UGUUGGGGGCUCCGCGUCGUUUGCUGGACACUAUUGGGAGCUUCUCCAGAGACAGCUCUCCAUGUCCUGCCAGAAAAAACGAGCCUCUACCGAGUCUCCCAGUGCCAAAUCUGGAGUCUACUAUGCAAAAAUAUUUGGCCCAAGUCGAAGCAGUAGCUCCAACCCAUCUGGAGAAAACUCGAUCGCUUGUAAAGUCUUUCCUCGCUGGACCUGGGCCAAAACUUCAGCAACGGCUCUUGGAACGUAGGCAGAAAACGGUAAAUUGGGCAACUGAUUGGUGGCUGAACGACAUGUAUCUCACAGUACCUCUUGCUCUUCCAAUCAACAGCAAUCCUGGUUUGGCAGCACAGCCAAAAAAAUGUACCAACCAACAUGAAGCCGCUGUUUUUCUCGCUCGUUUUUUAACGGAACUUCUUAAUUAUCAGGAACUGCUGGACAGAUCCGAACUCGAGGUUGAUCAAGUAAAGUCAAGAGAUGGAAAAUCGUGGCAACCACUAUGCAUGGCUCAGCACUACCAAAUGUUUAGAAUUUACCGCAGACCUGGAGUAAUUGCAGAUGAGCAAGUAAUUUUUGACAGAGCCACUUCCGGGGAUCAUGUCAUUCUAGCUCAUCAUAAUCAGUUUUACAGCGUACCAGUCAGGGCAUCAGAUAGAGGUCGAAUUACAGAAGAAGAAUUAAUUCAGCAAAUUUUGAAGAUCAUGGAAGAGAAACCAGAUCCUAGAACACCGCCAGUUGGAAUCCUUACAACCUCGAAAAGACCUGUUUGGGCAAAAGCCAGAGAAGAAUUAUUAAAAAAUGAGCGUAAUCGACACAAUAUCGAGCUACUGGAAAGAUGUCUCUGUGUCGUUUGUAUCGACGAUGAUGUGCUCCCAGGAACGUUUAACAACCCUUAUAGGAAAAGUGACAAGUGGAUUGGCGAUCGGGAUUAUGCAAAUGUUUUGCAUCACACAAUUCAUGGCGGCGGAUCCAGGCAUCUUGGUGCCAAUCGCUGGUUCGAUAAAACAUUUCACGCCAUCCUUGGAAAAGAUGGUCUGUGGGGUUUGACUUACGAGCAUUCAGCAGGAGAAGCCCCAGCGAUUUUUAAGGCCUUUGAGGAUUUAACAGAUACGGUAGAUGCUAUGCCACCUCCAGAUGUAAAUCCAGUACCUUCUCAUCUUCCUGCACCUGAAAAAUUGGAGUGGUUUUUGACUGAGCAAAGUAAAAAUGAUAUCAGAGAUGCGAUGAUAUCCUUUGAUGCAUUGGUCGAAGAUCUGGACAUUUGCAUCCUCUGGUUCGAAGACUACUCCAAGGAGUUCGUCAAAUCUUGCAAAAUCAGUCCAGAUGCUUACAUCCAAUUGGCUCUUCAAUUAACAUAUUUCAGGUUACAUAGUCAUCUGGUUGCAACUUACGAGAGCGCAGGAAUCAGGAGAUUUGCUUUGGGUCGUGUUGACGUUAUCAGAUCAGCCAGUCCCGAAGCCUUGGCGUGGGCAAAAGCCAUGUGUCAAGGCGAUCCGGAAACUUUGGCCGGAAAUCAACCCAGCAACUUUCAAGAGGAAAGCUCUAAAAGAGAGCAAAAAAUUAAGGAAUUAUUUGAUGUGGCUGUAAAACGACAAGUGCAAGAGAUGACGGAUAACAUAACUGGUCACGGAAUAGAUAAUCAUUUAAUGGGUCUUCGGUAUGCUGCCACGGAGGCUGGAGAAGAAAUUCCAGACAUCUUCACAGAUGAAGCUUUUAAACGUGUUAAUCAUUUCGCCCUUUCAACGUCACAGAUAACAACGAAAAACGGCGCAAUUGCUGGAUAUGGACCAGUAGUUCCCGAUGGUUAUGGCUGUGCUUACAAUUUGCGGAAAAACGGCUUUGUAUUUUCCAUUUCGGCUUUUCACAGUGAUGGAAGAACAAGUGCAAAGCGUUUUGCACAAGCUCUCGAACGCAGCCUGCAGGAUAUGGCUUCGAUGUUAAAAAAUACUACGCAAUGAUAGCUCACAAAUUAAUUUAUAAAAGAAGUAAAAGUUUAUCAGACCAAGUCUACCCUUACGAAAAUUCUCUUAAAAUAAUUACUUUUAAAAAUGUCUCAAAGUCAC